AUGGCUCUUUUGUGGAGCAAUGAGAUCAAAGUUACGAAAGUGAUAGGGACAUCAUUCACUAUUGAGGCUAAAAUUGAAGAUGAGGAGAAGAAGGAGAGCUGGUGGUUUAUUGGGAUAUAUGCUAGUUGUGAUUACCUAAUAAGAAGGGGACAAUGGGAGGUUAUAGGCAGAAGGAAAGCUGGAUGGGGGAAAAAAUGGAUCAUAAUAGGAGAGUUCAAUGAUAUAGUCUCAAAUGAGGAGAAAUGGGGAGGAAGGAAUAGAGAUGAUAGAAGUUUCCAGGAUUUCAGGAAUCUUGUUGAUGAUAAUCAGCUUUUGGAUAUUGGUUUUGAAGGGAAGCCAUGGACAUGGUGCAAUAACUGGUAUGGGGAUGGUGAAGUGAAAGAAAGACUUGAUAGGGGAUUAUGUACACUAGAGUGGUCUCAAUGCUUUAGUGAAGCUAACUGCAAGCAUAUUGAAUCUCAUGCAUCAGAUCAUAGAACUCGAUGGUAUCAAGUGAGUCAGAAGAUCAAAAACUGCAGAGUUGAGUUACUGAAAUGGAAUAGCAGCAAGAAAGGGAAUUCCUUGGAGAGGAUCAAUGCCUGCAAAAACAAGAUUGAGGACAUCAAGGCAUCAAUUGUUGGAAAUAAGAGCCAACAAAUUCAGGAGGCUAAGAAACAAUUAAAAGCUGCAUAUGAUGUGUGA